UACAAAGGUCAAACAAUUGGAUGUUAAUUGAAUUAAUUAGAUAUGAUUAUUAUGCUAUAAUGAGUAUAGUAAAAUAUAUACAGUUGAAUGUUCUCAUAAGUGUUUUAUCUCUAUACCAAACCUCAUGCCUUACCUAUUAUAGUGAUUAUAGCUACCAGUGCUCUACAAUUUAUUUGUAUAUACCUAUCUACCAGUUUUGAAUUUGUUGUUCGUUCAUUACUGUAUAACGUAUAAGUUGUAAUAUUUGGAAUACAAUAUAAUAGCACUACAGUUUCAUUAUGAAGGGAAAUUUCAAGUAUGUUUGCCGAUAUUUUUCUAGAAAUUCUAUAGAUGUCACCCCUGAAGUUAAAAACGCUCUGAAUAAGCAAAAACCAGUAAUUGCAUUAGAAUCAGCUCUUAUAACUCACGGAUUACCAUUCCCGAAAAAUGUGGAGACUGCUUUGGAAAUGGAACACAUCAUCAAGUCACAUAACAUAAUUCCAGCUACAAUUGGUAUAAUUAAUGGGAGAGUUAAAGCCGGUAUGAGUCCUGAACAAAUCAAUGUUCUUGGCUUAUCAGCUGAGAAAAAAACAGUCAAAGUUUCAAGGAGAGAUUUUCCUUAUGUGCUCAGCCAAGGUUUAAAUGGUGGCACCACAGUAUCCGGUACAUUAGUUGUCGCUAAUGCUUUGGGCAUAAAAUUCUUUGUUACUGGUGGAAUUGGCGGAGUUCAUAUAGAUGGUCAAAAUUCCUUGGAUGUAAGUGCUGAUUUAAUUGAGUUGUCCAGAUGUGCAAUAAUGGUUGUUUCUGCUGGUAUAAAAUCUAUACUUGAUAUAGGACGAACUUUAGAAUACCUUGAAACUGUGGGUGUCUGUGUUGCUUCAUAUGAUUCAAAUGGAGAAUUUCCUGCAUUUUAUACUAAACAAAGCGGAUAUAAGUCUGUAUGUAAUGUAACUUCGCCCUGUGAAGCAGCUGGCCUUCUAGAACAAUGUCAAAAUACAGGAUCUGGUGUUCUGUUAGCUGUUCCAAUACUAGAAGAAAGAAUAAAAAAAACUGAAAUUGACAAAGCAAUAAAAAAUGCUCGUCAGAUGUGUGAAAAACAAGGAAUCGUGGGAAAAAAUAUUACUCCUUUUGUUCUGAGUGAAGUUAGUCGACUGACAAAAGGACUUUCCAUGGAUACUAACAUUUCUUUAUUGAAAAAUAACUCUUUGGUUGGAAGUAAAAUUGCAAUGGAAUAUUAUUCAAAAUUGUCUUCUACAUCAAAAUCAAUUUUUGAAGUGAAAAAGAGUAUGAAAAAGUCUACAAAAUCUCCUGUAGUAAUUGGUGGUAGUAAUAUAGACUAUGUGCUUCAAGUUGAUGAAGAUUUAAAGAUAUAUGAAGAAUAGAUAUUAUAUUUAUAGAUAUGAAACAUUUAGAGUACCUAUUUCGACUAAUUCGAAAAUCAAUAACGCAGUGCAGUAUUAAAAUGAAUUACCUAUCUAUGUACAAUAGAUUAGUAAAUAGUUAAAAAGGUAGGUUUUUAAUUCUUGUUAAAUACAUUUCUAUUCUAAGUGAUUCAACAUUUCUGGACUUAUUUAUCAAGCAGUUUAUUCAUAAGAUGUUUAUAUAAGGCAAUAUUUAUAAAGAUACAUAAUAAGUAGUAAGACUAAUUAUUCUAUUGAAUUUAUUUCGUAUAAUAUAUAUAUUUUAAUAUCAACGACAGCGACCGCAGUGUUGGAAAACGCAAUAAGUCAAUACCUACGCUCAUUUAAAUACAAAAGGAACAAAAUAAUGCUACUUAGAAAUUGAAUAAGAUGUUGUGUUCGCAGAGAAGUGUGAUGAAUAAUGUAUACACGUAUACGCACUGCCUAUUUGUAUAUAUAUGCUGUAUAGCUGUAUAAUAUAUAUUCAUCAAUAUUCAGGAUAUAUCCUUGUUUAAUCUAUAAUUGUACGGAUAUAAGAUCAAAUUGAUCCUUGCGGAAUAAAAUACUACAACACUCGUCUAGGUCCAGUUUACCUCAGAAUGCCUAGAAAAC